ACAUGAUGCACUCAUUGCGUUUCCAUUAAACGUAACCUUAAGAGAGGAGUUGGGGUAACAAUAAGAUAUUGUUCUUGUCUGUUUUCUCUGUUUUUAAUGCAUUCCCCUCCCUCCUUGUGAUUAUUGUUUGUGGUUGUCUUUUCCAUUGAUCAAGCAGAACUAUAGAUUUAUGUAAAGAUAAAAAAGACAAAUAAGAUGAGAGAGAUAAUAAGCAUUCAUAUCGGACAAGCUGGAAUUCAAGUUGGUAAUUCAUGUUGGGAGCUAUAUUGCCUUGAACAUGGCAUUCAACCUGAUGGGAAAAUGCCCAGUGAUGCCCCAAACGAAGAACAUGAUGCUUUUAACACCUUCUUCAGUGAAAUUGGAUCUGGCCAGUUUGUUCCUAGGGCUUUAUUUGUUGAUUUGGAGCCAAGUGUAAUAGAUGAAAUAAGAAUCGGUGCAUAUAGACAACUUUUCAAUCGGGAGCAGUUAAUUUCUGGCAAGGAAGAUGCUGCUAAUAAUUUUGCAAGGGGACAUUACACAGUUGGAAAAGAAGUUGAAGAACUAUGCCUUGAUCGUAUCAGAAAGUUAGCUGAUAAUUGUAGUGGCUUGCAAGGAUUCUUGGUUUUCAAUGCUGUUGGUGGUGGCACUGGCUCUGGUUUGGGAUCAUUACUUUUGGAACGAUUAUCUGUGGAUUAUGGGAAGAAGUCAAAACUUGGCUUUGUCAUUUUUCCUUCUCCUCAGGUAUCUACUGCAGUUGUUGAACCUUACAAUACUGUACUUUCCAACCAUUCACUUAUUGAGCAUAGUGAUGUAGUUGUGCUUUUGGACAAUGAAGCAAUAUAUGAUAUCUGCAGAAGAUCAUUAGACAUAGAAAGACCAACUUAUAGAAACUUGAACCGCUUGAUCUCUCAAAUCAUCUCUUCACUAACCACUUCCUUGAGAUUUGAUGGUGCCAUCAAUGUAGACAUUUCUGAGUUCCAGACUAACCUCGUGCCGUAUCCUCGUAUCCAUUUCAUGCUUUCGUCUUACGCGCCUGUAAUAUCUUCCGCGAAGGCCUACCAUGAGCAGUUAUCGGUGCCUGAGAUCACAAGAGCUGUGUUUGAGCCAUCUAGUAUGAUGGUCAAGUGUGACCCGAGACAUGGGAAGUACAUGGCAUGUUGCCUCAUGUACCGAGGAGAUGUUGUUCCCAAAGAUGUAAAUGUUUCUGUUUCAAAUAUCAAGACUAAGCGCCAAGUUCAGUUUGUUGACUGGUGCCCUACUGGUUUCAAGUGUGGAAUCAACUACCAGCCUCCAACAGUGGUUCCCGGAGGUGAUCUUGCCGAGGUGAAGCGAGCAGUAUGUAUGAUAAGCAACAACACAGCUGUAGCUGAGGUUUUCUCUCGCAUCGAUCACAAAUUUGAUCUCAUGUAUACAAAGAGAGCAUUCGUGCACUGGUAUGUGAGUGAAGGAAUGGAAGAAGGUGAGUUCUAUGAAGCCCGUGAGGAUCUUGCGGCUCUCGAAAAGGAUUAUGAAGAGGUUGGGGAAGAUGGCGUAGAUGCAGACGUUGAAGAUUACUGAGCUCCCUACAUUCUCUGUGAUGUGUAAUCUAUGUCCUUGUCAGUUGUUCUUAUAAACCUUUUGUUGUAUAAUAUGUCUAUUUUUAUUAUGGUUUAAAAUUGCGGUUGUGUCAUGAUCUCUGAAAUUGUGGUUAAAUAUAUCUAAUGUGAGGUCAUAAAAUAGGUGCAUGUUGUGAGCACAAUUGCCCUUGUGGAGCACAAUGCAUGUAAAACCGUGGUUCUUAUGAUUGGAGUGUUGAAAUAAUUAUCAAAUUCAAUUACAAUGAAAAUGUAUUGUUAUCGUGAA